AUGAGCGGGACCCCUGUUCCGCCCGCAAAGCUUAGCGUACGAGAGCGACUACGUCAACGCCUCAAGCCUGGAAGCCGUGCUUCAUCACCCACCCCAGCACCAGUCUCAACCCAGGCAUCGACGCAGAUUUUGGCAUCGUCAGGCCCACCGUCAGCUAGACCGCCUGCCACUAACUCACCAAAUGCAAGUGCUGUCCCUUCGUCAUCACAGCAAGCAGCUCCCAAUCCCUCCGGCCAUAAUGUCUUAGAUGUUGCUCUCAAACGACUCUCGGACAACGAUCGGGAAACCCCUAGAAAACAUAUUCCUCCGACCUCCAGCGACAUUGACUUGGCGCUUGAGCAGGCUGUCGCUGCGGCUAAGGAGAAGCAACGAUGCUGCCUGGAGAACAGCUGGAGGAUUAGACUUGCUGGGAAAGAAUUCAUUCUAAAAAAGAAGGCCGACAAGAUAGUCAGGUGGCUAAUCCGUUUCAAAGAGGUGGGCGAUGUUGCAGCCGCUGCAGACCCGGUACAUGCCGGCUGGCAUUGUGGCUUCCACAUGAGUAUCGGAGUGGUUGUUCGGCGUUCGACGGUAAUACAAUUGCCAUUGGUCUGA